AUGAUAUUUUUGGCACUGAGUGAGACGGAGGGAAUAGUUUUUCACGAUCAUUUCAAAGACUUUGGAGCCAAUUCCAUUGAGGCCCCACCAGCACCCGAGACGUCAUCUUCGUCCUUCUUCGCUCCUGAUGCUCGGAGAGCCUGGCUCCAAUGGGGGAAAGAUUCGGAGGAAAUCUUAACUUUUGGACAAGAAAGAGCAAUCGAAAACGAUAAUGGAGACCACGAGGAGGAAGAAACAGUAGAAGAGGACGAAGACGCAGAGGAGAAAGAAGAGACAGAAGAAGCAGAUGAAGACUCCAAGGAGGAAGAGAAUGAAGACCCCGAGGAGGAAGAAACAGUAGAAGAGGACGAAGACGCCGAGGAGAAAGAGGAGACAGAAGAAGAAGAUGAAGACUCCAAGGAGGACGAGACUGUUGAACAGGAUGAAGACUGCAAGGAGGAAGCGACAGUCGAAGAGGAUGGAGACUCCAAGGAGAAGUAG